GUUGCUUGGGCUCAGUGACUCUCGGCGGUGUGACUGCGAUACUCAGUUUCCAUUUCUUCUAUUCUUCUUGUCACCUUCAUCAAAUGUUUUCUUAAAUACUCUUUUAAAAGCACCAGCCGCAAUCGCAUUAAGUCGAUACUCUUCAGCCUUUCCAUCUUUACCGUCUCCGGCAUAACGUUCAUUAUUGUUCCUCCACCAACAGAUACACGAUGGAGUCUCUUCUAUCACUCGCCUUCGACAACCUUUCCUCAUAUGACGGACCAAAAGUCCGUAAGGGCCUUCGCCAGGUCGAAGGCCUUCUAGCUCAGAUCUGUCUCUCUAAAGCAAACUCUCGAAACGACCGUGCACAUCGAAGCCGGGAUACCGACGAUGAUGGGAGUGAAGGAUCAACACCUCCUCAAAAGGAUCUUUCCCAACUUUCCCGCGACCCGGCAUUUCGAGAGUUUUUCAAGUUGCAGGAGGGAUUCGAAUGGAACGUUGCGAUGCGUCUUAUCAGCACUCUCGAUCGACUUAUGGCUAAGGGUGGUGAUGGUGGAAACGACCUGUUGAUUCUGAGUGCCCUUGACCUCAUACAAGGAGUCUUGUUGCUACACCCCCCCAGCAAGUCUCUCUUUGCCCGAGAACAGAACAUGAACCUCCUCCUUGACCUUCUCGAGCCCUUCAACUGCCCUGCGAUCCAAUCUGCGACUCUCCUCACACUCGUCACUGCUCUUAUCGAGACCCCAAUCAACACCCGUACCUUUGAGAGCCUUGAUGGCCUUCUUACUGUCACCUCUCUUUUCAAGUCGCGAUCCACCGCCCGUGAGGUCAAGCUGAAGCUCGUUGAGUUCCUCUACUUCUAUCUCAUGCCUGAGAUUCCUUCGAUUCCCCGAGCCGAUCAGCGCGAUAGUGUUCCCGCUAUGCUUCAGCGAAGUCCUAGUAAACUCGCAGGUGCCUUCAAUGCCGACUCACGUCGCAAGCGUUCCGGCUCUGAUCCUGAAGGUGACAUCUAUCUCACCACGGAGGAGAAGCAGGAGCUGCUUAGCCAGCAUCUGAGCAGCGUAGAGGAUCUUGUCAAAGACCUCCAAAACUGCGCACCUUUCGGCGGUGUUGUCUGCUAAAUGCCGCUGCAAAGAAUGAGGUCGUGGUUCAUACUGUUUUCAUAUUUCCUGUUACAUCUCAUUCAACGGCGUUGUAAGGACUAUUAGGUGGUGCCCUUAUGAUUUGCUCUUUCUUUUGGCGCGGAGUUCUGAGUGA